AUGGUCCAAAUGCUUCAAAAUACCUGUCUCCACACGGCCAACAGGGACAGUGCCAAUGCCACCAAUCUUGUAGACGUCCUGGAGAGGGAGACGGAGGGGCUUAGUCGGGCCUUUGUACCAGUCAAGGUUGGUGGACCUUUCGAUCAUGUUGUCACCCUCGAAGCCAGAGAUGGGGACGAAAGGGAUCUUGUCAGGGUUGUAACCAACUUUCUUGAGGUAAGACGAGACCUCCUUAACGAUUUCAUCAUACCUGGCCUUGGAGUACUUAGGUGUGGUGGCAUCCAUCUGUGGAAGUUUCAAACAAUUAAUAAGACAAUUUCCACAAGAUCAACCAACCUUGUUACAGCAGCAGAUCAUCUGCUUGACUCCAAGGGUGAAGGCAAGCAAGGCGUGCUCACGGGUCUGGCCAUCCUUGGAAAUACCAGCCUCAAAGCCACCAGUUGUGGAAUCAAUGAUGAGAACAGCACAGUCAGCCUGAGAGGUGCCAGUGAUCAUGUUCUUGAUGAAGUCACGGUGACCGGGAGCAUCAAUGACAGUGCAGUAGUAUUUGGUGGUCUCGAAUUUCCACAGGGCAAUGUCGAUGGUGAUGCCACGCUCACGCUCGGCCUUGAGCUUGUCGAGCACCCAAGC